UCAGCUCUGGAGUUCCCUAAGGCAACCGAGGUGCAGACUGCCACCUUGUGGGAUUUCUAUACUGCUUCUAAUAAUUGCAAGAUUUUACGUCUUUUUCUCCAGAGUUCAACAGGCCCUUUUCUUUAUAUAAUGCUCCAUGCACUUGGAGGGUUAAAAAGGCAUACUGAGAGUCAGUGUAAAUGUUUUCAGUCUUACCUUCACUGAGUUCUAAGGCCUGAAUUAAAGCAAUGAGCUCGGCUUUCUGGGCUGAAGGGCCCUGGGACAACGCUCUGGCGUCAACGGCAGCGUCCAGGGUUACUACCGCAUAUCCUGCACGUCUGUCUCCUUGUGGGUUGAUGAACCUGCUCCUGUCCAUGUAUGGCUCUCAGUCUACUGAUGCCCAAGGCUGGUCCCGGAGGUCAGGCCUGCUAGAGUAAACUGAGUCCAACACCUCUACACAGUUAUGCUCGACAGGGCUCUCUGAUACUGGGAGCAAGGUGGCGGGUUCAGGGUGUUAACAAACUUCAAUGGUUAUGUGGGGAUUUAUCACAGAGCAAGCUUUGGUACUUGGUUAGUCUAGCAUUCGUUAGCCAAUGAUGCCCUUUGGUAGUCAUUAAAGUCACCACAGCAUGGGGGGGCCUUUAUGUUCAGGUUUUGCCUAAGAAUUAGUUUAUGUGCUUCUUGUGCUAGCAGGGCAGUUGCUACCAAGGCCCUCAAACACAGGGGCUAACCUUUAGCUUUGUAAAUAAAGAAGGGGGAGAUGUAGAGGACUGUGUGCUCACAAACGAGAUGUUCCCGAUAAGCCCUGCUCUUACAAACAAAGCAGGACGUUCCUUCUCUGCAAACAGGAAGGACAAAGGAGCCAGCUGCAAACAGCAGGCUCUGGGAACUGGUCAAUGUUUACUGAUCUUGUGAGUCAAGGAAAGGUCAGAGAAGCAACACAUGUCCCGUGACUUGGCAACAUUCCACAAACGGCUGUAUAAAAUAAAGCAAAGUGUGCCGUUCGGGGCGGCCGCCAUGUAUGUCUUGUCCUGUGUUGUCUUGUGUGUUCAUUCCUUUGUUUAGGAAACACACGGACCCUAACAGUGAAUGGUUUCUAAAUAUUAAAUCUCUUAUUUUUUUUUCACAUACAGGAUUUCCAAAGACUCAUGUUACAUGAGGAAGCCACCAAGAAGAGCAAAGAAAAGGAUCCAGGGAUGGCUCUUCCUCAGGGACGCUUGACUUUCAGGGAUGUGGCUAUAGAGUUCUCUUUCAUGGAGUGGAAAUGCCUGAACCCUGCGCAGAGGGCUUUGUACAGGGAAGUGAUGUUGGAGAACUACAGGAACCUGGAGUCUGUGGAUAGCUCUUUAAAAUCCAUGAUGGAGUUCUCAUCACAUGAGCACAGUAAUACAAGUAAUACAGGAGAAGGGUUCUACACAGGGACAUUGGAAAGACGUAAAAGUUACCACAUUGGAGAUUUUUGCUUCCCAGAAAUCAAGAAAGAUAUUCAUCACUUUGAGUUUCAGUGGCAAGAAGUUGAAAGAAAUGGCCAUGAAGCACCUGUGACAGAAAAUAAAGAGUUGACUGGUAGUACAGACCAACAUACUCAAAGGCAUGCUGGAAACAAGCCUAUUAAAGAUCACCUUGGAUCAAGCUUUCAUGCACAUCGGGCUGAACUGCGCAUAUUUCAGACACAAGGGAAAAUUAGUAACCAAGUGGACAAGUCUGUCAGUGGUGCUUCCUCAGCUUCAACAUCCCAGAGAAUUUCUGGUAGGCUCAAAACUCAUAUUUCUAAUAAGUAUGGGAAGAAUUUCCUCCAUUCCUCAUUAUCCACACAAAUACAGGAAACACUCAUGAGAGAAAAACCUUGCCAAAAUAAUGGGUGUGGCAAAGCUUUUAAUUAUAGCUCACUCUUAAGGAGACAUCACAUAACCCAUUCAAUAGAGAAACAAUAUAAAUGUGAUGUCUGUGGCAAGAUCUUUCAUCAGAAGCAAUACCUUGCAUGUCAUCGUAGAUGUCACACUGGUGAGAAAACUUACAAGUGUAAUGAGUGUGGGAAGACCUUCAGUCAAACAUCAUCUUUUACACGCCAUCGUAGACUUCAUACUGGACAGAAACCUUACAAGUGUAAUGAAUGUGGCAAGACAUUCAGUUGGAAGUCAUCCCUUAGAUGCCAUCGUAGACUUCAUACUGGACAGAAACCUUACAAGUGUAAUGAGUGUGGCAAGACGUUCAGUGAGAAGUCAUCCCUUAGAUGCCAUCAUAGACUUCAUACUGGAGAGAAACCUUACAAGUGUAAUGAGUGUGGCAAGACCUUCAGUCAGAAGUCAUCCCUUCAAUGCCAUCAUACAGUUCACACUGGAGAGAAAGCUUACAAGUGUAAUGAGUGUGGCAAGACCUUCAGUCGGAAGUCAUCCCUUGUAUACCAUUGUAGACUUCAUACUGGACAGAAACCUUACAAGUGUAAUGAAUGUGGUAAGACCUUCACUCAGAUGUCAUCCCUUGUAUGCCAUCGUAGACUUCAUACUGGAGAGAAACCUUACAAGUGUAAUGAGUGUGGCAAGACCUUUGGUCGACAUUCAGCCCUUAUAAUUCAUAAGGCAAAUCAUACUGGAGAGAAACCUUACAAGUGUAAUGAGUGUGGCAAGACCUUCAGUCAGAAGGCAUCCCUUCAGUGCCAUCAUAUACUUCACACUGGAGAGAAACCUUACAAAUGUGAAGAAUGUGGCAAUGUUUACAUUCGCAGAUCACACCUUGAAAGACAUAGGAUAAUUCAUACUGGAGAAAAACCAUACAAAUGUAAGGUUUGUGACAAGGCUUUCUGGAGUGAUUCAUACCUUGCAGAACAUCAGAGAGUUCAUACUGGAGAGAAACCGUACAAGUGUAAUAAAUGUGGCAGGAGUUUCAGUCGGAAGUCAUCCCUUCAAUACCAUCAUACACUUCAUACUGGAGAGAAACCUUACACAUGUAAUGAAUGUGGCAAGGUUUUUAGUAGAAGAGAAAACCUUGCACGUCAUCAUAGACUUCAUACUGGAGAGAAACCUUACAAUUGUGAAGAAUGUGACAAAGUUUUCAGUCGCAAAUCACACCUUGAAAGACAUAGGAGAAUUCAUACUGGAGAAAAACCAUACAAAUGUAAGGUUUGUGACAUGGCUUUCCGGAGUGAUUCAUGCCUUGCAAACCAUAUGAGAGUUCAUACUGGAGAGAAACCUUACAAGUGUAAUAAAUGUGGGAAGGUUUUUAAUCAAAAAGGACACCUUGCACAACAUCAGAGAGUUCAUACCGGAGAGAAACCUUACAAGUGUAAUGAGUGUGGCAAGGCUUUUAAUCAAAAAACAAGCCUUGCACAACAUCAGAGAGUUCACACUGGAGAGAAACCUUACAAGUGUAAUGAAUGUGACAAGGUUUUUAAUCAAAAAUCAAACCUUGCAAAACAUCAGAGAGUUCAUACUGGCGAGAAACCUUACAAGUGUAAUGAAUGUGGCAAAGCCUUUACUGCGCAGUCAACACUUAUUCACCAUCAAGCCAUCCAUGGUGUAGGGAAACUUUACAAAUAUAAUGAUUCUCACAAAGUCCUCAGUAAUGCUACAGUCAUUGCAAAUCAUUAGAGAAUCCAUAAAGAAGUGAGAUCUACAAAUGUAAUAAAUGUGGCAAAUUUUUCAGACAUCGUUCAUAACUUGUAGUUCAUCAGCGAAUCCAUGAUGUAGACAUCAGAGAAUCCAUACUGGAUAGAAAUCUUACCAAUGUCAUCAGGGUGGCAAGGUCUUCAGUCUGUGAUCAUUCCAUGCAGAACAUCAGAAAAUUCAUUUUUGAGAUAAUUAUUCCAAAUAAAAUGAAUAUAAAAAGU